AUGGGGUCAGUCGAGAUCUCUCGUCCCGAGGACGUUGCCAUCAUCGGCCUUUCUUGCCGUACAGCUGGAGGCAACAACAGUCCCCAGAAGCUGUGGGAAUUCCUGAUGAACAAACAGGACGCCUCUGGUGAAGUGCCUAAGGAACGCUGGGAGCCCUGGCACCGCCGAGAUGCGAGGAAUUCCAAGGUCAUCGACAAGGCCAUCAAGAAAGGUUACUUCAUCGAGGACCUGGAGAACUUCGACGCCGCGUUCUUCGGCAUUUCGUCGAAGGAGGCCGAGCAGAUGGAUCCUCACCAGAGACUAGGGCUAGAGUUAGCUUGGGAAGCGCUGGAAAAUGCAGGAAUCGAUCCAAAGUCCCUAAUGGGGUCUGAUACAGCCGUCUACAUGGGCUGUGAUUCGGAUGACUUUUCCAGGCUUGUACUGGAAGAUAUUCCGAACAUCGAGGCGUGGAUGGGCAUCGGCUCAACACCACACGGAAUCCCAAACAGAAUAUCUUACCACCUGGAUCUCAUGGGCCCUAGUGCUGCAGUGGACGCAGCGUGUGCUUCAUCUGGUGUGGCGGUCCAUCUGGGACGACAAGCCAUUGCCAGCGGUGAGUCCACAGUUGCCAUCGUCGGGGGUGUCAACGUCUUAUGCUCACCAGCACUCUUCGUGAUGCUGAGCAAGGCCGGUGCUCUCUCACCAGACGGCGUCUGUCUGUCCUUCGACGACGCUGCCUGCGGCUACGCACGAGGCGAAGGCGGAUCGGUGCUCAUCCUGAAGCGCCUCGCCAACGCCAUCGCCGACAAUGACAACAUCCUGGCUGUUCUAAAGGGCAGCGCUGUUGCUCAGGACGGCAAAACCAUGGGCAUCAUGGCUCCGAACUCCAAGGCUCAGGAGUUGGUUGCCCGCCAGGCCCUGGAACGCUCCGGGGUAGAUCCCCUUGAGGUCAGCUUCAUCGAGGCACACGCGACAUCGACUGCUCUGGGUGACCCUACUGAGGUCUCAGCUAUAGCCUCUGUGUACGGCAGGGGAAGACCAGCUGAUGCGCCGGCUCUGAUCGGCUCCAUCAAGCCCAACGUCGGCCAUCUUGAGGCCGCUGCUGGUGCUAUCUCGAUGGCCAAGGCGGUCAUGGCCGUGAAUAAGGGGGAGCUUGCGCCACAGGCGAGACUGAAUAAGCUCAACACGCGCAUCGACUGGAAGAACUCGGGUCUUCAAGUCGUCCGGGAGCGGACAAAGUGGACGGAGCCAGCAGGUGUGCCUCGUCGUGCCGCCGUGUGCUCUUAUGGAUACGGCGGGACGGUGUCGCACGCGGUCAUCGAGCAAUAUCAACGUCCGACCACGAACGGGCAUGCUGAUGCUUCCGAGAAGAAAGACCCCGGGGUUGUGACCUUGACAAUCUCAGCACCCCAGGAGAAGAGAUUGUUUACCCAAGCCACUAUCUUGGCUGACUGGCUGUCCGGCGCAGGCAAGGACGAGGAUCUAAAAGCUAUCGCUGCGACACUGGCUCUCCGCCGGGCGCCUCAUACCUACCGCGCUGCUUUCAUCGUCGCAAGCCACCAGGAGGCCAUCGACGCCCUGCGCAGCUUUGCCGAAGGAAAGCCCACAGAGGGGACCACACGCGGCAGGAUUCUGGACGCGCAUCCGUUGCAGGCCCACGCUGUCUGGGUAUUUUCCGGACAUGGUGCCCAGUGGCCCGCGAUGGGCAAGGAGUUGCUUGAAUAUGUCGAGUUCCGCCAAAUAAUCACCUCGCUGGACGAAAUAGUCCAGAAGGAAUGCGGGUACUCUGCGGUGAAAGCUCUGGAGACCGGUGAUAUCGGAGAGUCGGAUCGGAUUCAGGUCUUGACAUAUCUGGUACAGAUUGGGCUCAGUCAGGUGCUUAAAUCCAAGGGUUUGGAGCCCCAGGCUGUGAUAGGUCAUUCCGUCGGCGAGAUCGCUGCUUCGGUGGUGGCUGGAUGCUUGACCCCACGGGAGGGAGCGCUCAUCGUAACCAGGCGAGCCACGCUAUAUGCGCAGGUUAAGGGCCUGGGUGGUAUGGCGCUCGUUGGCCUUCCCUUUGCAACGGUUGCCAAGGAGUUGGAGGGUUGUCCAGAAGUUGUUCCGGCCAUUGACUCUUCUCCCAACUCUUGCGUGAUUAGCGGCGAGUCCACACCUCUUCUCAACUACGUUGCGGAUCUCAAGGCUCGAGGGGUCAAGACAUUCAAAGUCAACACAGAUAUCGCGUUCCAUUGCCCGAUGCUGGAGAAAUUGGCCGAGCCUUUGGCACAUGUGCUCGCCGAGGAGCUCAAACCACAGAAACCGCUGAUCCCAUUAUACUCAACCUCCUCGAAAACCCCGCGGUCUGAUAGCCCACGCGACGUUGCCUAUUGGAUCAACAAUAUGAUCAGUCCAGUCUGGCUGACCUCCGCUGUUAGCGCUGCAGCGGAUGACGGCUUCCGAGUCUUUGUCGAGAUAUCAGCACAUCCGAUUGUCACGCAUUCGAUCAAUGAGACACUUGAUCAGCGCAAAGAUGUGGAUGAAUUUGUCACAAUAGGCACGAUGAAGAGGGAGGCCCCUACGGAGAAGAGCAUCCAGCAUGCGAUUGCACAGUUGUGGACUAGGGGAAACCCCGUCGAUUUCGAGGCUCAAUUUGGCCGCGAGACCUGGUCGACCACCGUCCCCGGGACGCCUUGGGUUCACAAACGGCAUUGGAGGGAGGUCGAGACAGGUCCCAUCGGCGGCGAUGCGGCUUCACACGACGUCGACAAGCACACCGUGCUUGGCCAGCGCACCUCUAUCGCCGGAAAGGAGGGUAGCAUCGUCUAUACUACCAAGCUGAAUGACCAGAACAAACCCUACCCACGGACUCACCCACUCGACGGUACUGAGAUCAUCCCAGCCGGGGUGUAUUGCAACACCUUCCACCACGCUACCGGCGCCACCGUCCUGGACGAGGUUAAGCUGCGUGUGCCUGUUUCGAUGAGCAGCGAGACGAGGGAGGUUCAAAUCAUCGUUGAGGGCGAGCACAUCAGGGUAGCCUCCCGGCUGGAGCAGAAGAGCAGUGACGCCUCGGCAGAUCAGCCAGAACUGCCGUGGGUCGAGCAUAGCUCUGCUCGCUGGAGUCAGCCUGAGAAUCUGCCCACCGAGCCCAUCUACGAUACACCUGGGAUCAAGAAGCGAAUCGGCACUGUCCUAGGAAAGGGAUUUGCCUGGGAGUACCUACAAAAGAUUGGAGUCUCGGGCAUCGCCUUCCCGUGGCAGGUAGUCGAGCACUAUGGGAACGAGAAGGAGAUGAUGGUUCGCGUUGAUAUGGACCCAGACUCCAACUCCAUGCCCUGGGAUCCUUACUCCUGGGGUCCUCUCCUCGAUGCGGCUACGUCCGUCGGAUCGACCAUUUUCUUCAACGAGGCUAGGAUGCGUAUCGUCUCUCAGAUCGAUCGAGUAUUGAUCCUAUCCAGUGAUCCGCGGCCCAAGAUUGCGUACCUCUAUAUCGAGGAGGCCUCUGACUCUAUAAGCCCGGCCGCUCAUGUCACCGUGCUGACUGAGCAGGGAGAGAUGAUUGCCAAAUUCCAGGCUCUGAGGUUCUCCGAUGUUGAGGGUGCCACUGGCAUCAGCGGCAGUGUUGAAAGUCUUGUUCACCAGCUUGCGUGGAUCCCGCCAAAGCUCUCCGAGAAGCCUAUAUCCUUGAGCAGGGUCGUUCUUGUCUGCGAAGACCCAGCCAUCCUUGAACAGUACGCGGGCCAAAUCCAGGGAAGAUUCGGACAGGUGAUUCAGGCAGCACGUUCCGAGGACUUGAACAGACCCGAGAUACUCUUGGCCAUCAAGGAGAAAGGAACCGCCGUUUUGUAUCUGCCUUGCAAGGUGAAGGAUCUGGAGGACGUCCCAGAAGCAACCCACCGUUUUGUCUGGGAAGCUGUCAGUAUGAUUAAGCUCCUCGCAGCGUCUUCUGAAGCUGCAAAGCUUUACAUCAUCACAGACCAGGUUUACAAAGGACAGUCUCCGACUGCCCUUGCUCACGGUGCUCUCUACGGCCUCGCUCGUAUCACGGCCGAGGAGCACCCGGACAACUGGGGCGCGCUCAUCGACAACGAGGGCGGCAGUUUUCCCACGCUGGCACUCAAGUACGUCCGCGGCGAGCAGGUGAUCCGAAUGGACGACGGAGUGCCAAGGGUCGGCCGUCUCCGUCCUCUUUCCAAGGAACAGCGGCACAGCAAGGACUCGCCCAAGACGCUGCUGCCCAAGCCCGAGGGCACAUACAUCGUCACCGGUGGUCUCGGCGACCUCGGCCGCGAGGUCCUCGAGUUCCUGGUCGAGAAGAAAGCUCGUCGUAUUGUUGUCAUCUCGCGCAGUGGUUUGCCGGCGCGCAAGGAGUGGGACUCUGAAGAUCUCUCAGACAACACGAGACUUGCUAUCGCCAAGAUUCGAAAGCUGGAGCAGGCUGGGGCCUGGAUCCACGCGAUGGCGCUGGAUAUUGGCGCCAGUGAUGCCCACGAGAAAUUACUGGCCGAGCUGGAUCGUCUUUCUCUCCCUCCAGUCUUGGGUGUUAUCCAUGCGGCUGGUAUCAUGGAGAACGGCUUCAUCCGGAAUGCGACGGCCGAGUCCUUUGCCAACGUCUUCGCGCCGAAAGUAUCUGGUUCCCUCACCCUUCACAGGGCCUUCCCACCAGGCACAGUCGACUUUUUCCUCCUCUUUUCCUCCACGGGCCAGCUCGUCGGGACAGCAGGCCAAAGCUCCUACGGCAGCGCCAACUCAUUCCUGGAUGCCCUGGCCACAUACCGCCGAGCCCAAGGGGAUAACGCGGUCGCGUUCCAGUGGACGGCGUGGCGGGGACUUGGUCUGGCGAUGUGUACCGACUCCUCAACUUUGGAAACGGAGCUUGUGAGCAAGGGCAUCACGGACAUUACCAUCGACGAGGGGUUCCGCGCGUGGGAGCACGUCAGCAAGCAUGACAUUGAUCACGGCGUUGUCACGCGCAUCCGAACAUACGACCAGGGGGAGAAAGUCCCUCUAACCCUGAUCGAGGAGGUGGCUCCCCGCCGCUUCGCCUCUGUCGGCAACGUCGCCGAGGAGCAGCCCGAGUCUAGAAAGGCGACCGCUUCAAGACCGGCUUCGGGGCCCGAGCUGAAGGAGUGGUUGAACCUGGCGAUAAGGAAGUGUCUCGUAGCUGUUAUGAAGGGUGAUGUUGACGAUAUCGACCCACGGGCCCCUGUCGCCGAAUUGGGGGUUGACUCUGUUAUGACUGUGGUUCUCAGCCAGGAGCUUCAGGCGGCCAUGGGUAUCAAAGUGCCCGUCACUUUGACAUGGAACCAUCCUACAGUCCUUCAUAUGGUUGAUUGGUUCUACAAUAAGCUUACUGAGAACAGCUAG